UUUGACUAACAGUAGUGUCUGUUCGUUCUAAUCAUUCAUUUCUUCCAAAUUCUUCCUCUUCCAGAGAGAGAGAAGCAAAUGGCUUACGCUGCUGUAACUUCGCUUAUGGAAACACUGUCUCUACAUUUCUUGCAAUCACAACCACGUUUGCCUAUUGAAGAUUUAGAAGCACAAAUCAGAGAUGACAAUGAAAAUAUUGGCUUGGUGCAACAAAUUGUUGAGGCUGAGAUGAGAGAGAUGGAGUUGGACGAAGAAGCGUCAUCAAAGCGUCUUCGUAUAAAGGCUUGCUUCCCCAGGCUUCAUGGAAUCUUCAAUAAUGAAGCGGUAAAACAGACUGAUUAUUACCCCAAGAAGAAGAAGUUGAUUAAAAGUGAAAAGCUGCAGCAGCAGCAGCUUGCAGAGAGUUCAUCAUCACCAAAUGAAAGAAUCAUUAAUGCUUGGGAUAGUAUACUAUUGACUUCUCGGCUCAGGGAGGUGGGUGAACUCAAACAAAAGAUAGUUUCUCUCCAUCAAAAUCUGGGCUUGCUGCAACAAAGUCUUGAGAAAUCUGAGAUCCCCUAUGAUGAUGGGAGGGUGGGGGUGAUGAAAGAUUUAGUGGCGCAGAUCAGAGAUGCAUCGUUCAAUGCAGAAGAAAGGAUUGAGAUGGAGUUGAGAAGAAUUUAUCUAGCAAAGGACAGCCUUCAUAUAACAGCUUGCCUGCUCAGGCUUCAUCAAAUCUUCAAUGAAGCACAAAAACAGACUGAUUACCAGAUGAGGGAUGGUAAUGAAAAUCUUGGCUUGCUGCAACAAAUUGUUGAGGCUCAGAUUAGAGAGAUGGACUUGGAAUUGGACGAAGAAGCGUCAUCAUCGAAGCCUCUUCGUAUAAAGGCUUGUCUCCCCAGGCUUUAUGGAAAGCAGCAGCUUGCUUGGCUCAGAGAGGUGGGUGAAGUCGAACAAAAGAUGGUCUCUCUCCAAGAAAAUCUUGGCUUGCUGCAGGACAUUCUUCAGAAAUCUGAGAUUGGCAAUGAUGAUGCGGGGGCGAUGAAAGAUUUAGAGGAUGCAGAGGCUGAGAUGAGAGAGAUGGGGUUGGACGAAGCGUCUUCUUCAAAGGGUGUUCAUGGAAUCUUCAAUAAUGAAGCAGUAAAACAGACUGAUUAUUACCCCAAGAAGAAGAAGAAGAUUAAAAGUGAAAAGCUGCAGCAGCUUGCAGAUUUAGAGGCACAGAUCAGAGAUUCCAAUGAAAAUGUUGGCGUGCUGCAACAAAUUCUUGAGGCUCGGAUCAGAGAGAUGGAGUUGGAGGAAGAAGCGUCAUCAAAGCGUCUUUGUAUAAAGGCUUGCUUCCCCAGGCUUUACGGAAAGCAGCAGCUUGCUUGGGAUACUAUACUUUUGACUUCUCGCCUCAGGGAGAUGGCUCAACUCAAACAAAACAUAGUUUCUCUCCAUCAAAAUCUCGGCUUGCUGCAACAAAGUCUUGACAAAUCUGAGAUUGCCUAUGAUGAUGCGAGGGUGAGGGUGAUGAGAUAUUUAGAGGCACAGAUCAGGGAUGCAUCAUUCAAAGCGGAAGAAAGGAUUGAGAUGGAGUUGACUGCCAUUUAUCAAGCAAGGGAUAGUCUUCAUGUAACAGCUUGCCUGCUCACUCUUCAUCAAAUCUUCAACGAAGCAGAAAAACAGACUGAUUACCACAUGAAUGAGUUGAUUAGGAUCCGACGAAGAGGACUACUACAGCUUGUCAAAGGACUACUACACAAGAAAAUUACUGUGAGUAACUUUUCCAAUAACGCUUCAAAGUUUGAGGGUAAAAUGGUCGGAUGCGACAAGCUGUUCUUGACGGUAUUGGAUCAGCUCAAGCAACAAUCAACUAAGGGGAGACAAGUUGUUUCGAUUGUUGGCAUGGGAGGAAUAGGCAAGACCACUUUAGCACACAAAGUUUAUGAACAUCCAUCAAUUACUUCUCAUUUCGACAAGCGAGCAUGGGUUACUGUAUCCCAAGAGUAUAACUUAGAACAAAUGCUCCGAUGUCUUCUUGGUUGUGUUACUGCAGCAUCAAGAGAUGGUGGCCAAGACCAAUUAGCAGAAAGGUUGCAAAAAUGUUUGAAAGGUCAGCGAUAUUUGAUAGUGAUUGAUGAUAUAUGGAACAUUAUUGCUUGGGAUAGUGUGCAAAGAUGCUUUCCAGAUGAUAAUAAUGGAAGCCGUAUACUUUUGACUUCUCGUCUCAAAGAGGUUGCUGAAUAUGCAUGCUCAGGUAACACUCCCCUUAACAUGCCUUUCUUAGACGCCAAUGAAAGUUGGAAUCUCUACUGCAAAGUGUUUGGAAAAACUGAAUUCCUUUUAGUAUUUGAGCAAAUUGGAAGAGACAUAGUGAAGAAAUGUAAAGGAUUACCUCUGGCCAUUAUUGUAGUAGCUAGUCUUCUCUCCAAGAUAAAGGAGGAGGAGGAAGAGUGGAAGAAUGUUGCUAAAAGUGUAAUUGGUGAUUCUAAUGAUGCAUGUUCCAGAAUACUGUAUCUAAGUUACCACCAAUUACCACACCACUUAAAACCUUGUUUUCUAUAUUUUGGAGUUUUUCAAGAAGACUAUGAGAUCCCUGUGAAGAAGUUGGUUAGGUUGUGGGCAGCAGAGGGAUUUUUGAGGACUGUGAAGCAUGUGAAUAUGGAGAAAGUGGCCAUGGAAUGCUUGCAAAAUCUUGUUGAUAGAAAUCUUGUUAUAGUUAGCGAACAGAGCUAUAAUGGGGAAAUGAAGACAAUAAGGAUACAUGAUUUAUUGCGAGAUUUGUGCUUGAAAGAAGCUAGGCGUGAAAAUCUAUUGAAUGUGAAUGUGAUUGGAGAUGAAAAGCUUCCAUUUUACAAGAGGAAAUCACAGCACUUGUUUUCAAAACCUUGUCGUUGGAUAAGUGAUACAUCAGAAUGUUUGAAUCAUCAAAUCAGGUCUGGAGAUAGGCGCUUUGACAAAUCUCAUUCCUUACACUCAAGGUUUGGUCACUCUAGUGGAUUUUACUUUCGUGUACUUGAUGAACUUCAUUCACACUUGAAACUGCUAAGAGUAGUAGACAUUGAAUGUGGGCAUUGUAACACUUCAUGUGAGGUAAAUGUGUUUGCCAAUCUUGUUCAUUUGAGAUACUUUGCUUUGACCCAUCAAUAUAGAAAUGAUCACGCUCCUCUUUAUGUAAAGCUCUUUGAGCAUAGGAAUAUGCAAAGCUUUAUUGUUCGUGGAAGAUUGGUUACAUGGGAUUCCUCUAGUGCAUUUACAAUUUGGAAAAUGCCACUAUUAAGGAAUUUUUGUGUUGAACAAAUUCUUUCAUUAGAAACUUCUUCGGUUGUUCAUAGAAACUUAGAGAAUAUAUCUUGGUUGGAUUCUAAACUCUGUACACCGGAUCUAUUUACAAGGAUUCCAAAUUUAAAAAAAUUGGGGAUUGAAAGUGGAGAUGCUGAUUGUUUUUAUAAUUUUGUGCACUUGGGGCAGCUUGAGGCAGUAAGCAUCAGAAGACGGUUUGAAAUCCCAUGUAGCAGCAUCCCAUGGACAACUAGUUUUCUACCAAAUCUUAAGAAGCUCAAAUUCAUUGAUACUUAUGGUUUGAAAUGGAGUGAUAUGAGGCUUAUUGGUAUGUUGCCGAAUCUAGAGGUUCUAAAAUUGAUAAAUGCUUGCCAAGGCCCAAAGUGGGAGACAUCUGAGGGAGGGUUCCGUCAAUUGAAAAGGUUGGUAAUUGAAGACCGAAAUUUGGAAGAUUGGAAUGCUGAGAGUGACCAUUUUCCUGUGCUCGAAUGUUUAGAGUUACAUGAAUGCACGGAUUUGCAAGAGAUUCCUUGUGGUUUUGUGGAUAUCACCACACUAGCAUUGAUUGAGUUAAACUACUGUGAGGAUUCACUUCUGACUUCCGCAAAGUGGAUUCAAGAUGAGCAACUCAACAACUAUGGAAAUUCCAUCCUUGUUCGUUCUGAAAAUAUAUAUAUAAGCCUGAAAGAGUAAGCAUCUCAGAGGAAGAAUGUGACGAGAAGAAAUUGUUUGAAGACAACUUUUGAAGGAUAUGUCCAGGUGACUACUCUGUUUAUAUAUUUUGGUUUCUGCUUCUGGGAUGAUUAGAGAUCUAAUGUCUCAACUGU